AUGAUAUAUCCACCGUAUCAAACGACGACACCGACAAUUUUACAGGCGAUCGUAAAGCCGUCGGCAACACCAGACACGACGACGGCGAUGAUGAUGAUGAUGGACCGACCUCGUAAACACCGAGGGGAGGAGCACCGGUCCGAGGGGCGGAGCGCCGUCGCGGAGGACUGCUCCGAGUGUUGCGCAAUUUCGACCUUUAUACGGCCUUGUCACCUCUUUUUUUGGGUUUUUUAUUGAGUUAUCCGUUUUCAGAAGCUUUAGAAGUGAGUUUCAGAAGCUUUAAAAGUUUUUACAAACGAGACUUUUUGGACAAUUUUUCGAUUUGUCAGGCUUUCUGGACCGUUUUGCUACCUUGGUACACCUUUUUUGGCCUUUUUUCCGAGGAUAAUAUUUGAUCAGCAGAAAAAAUGGCAAAAAUUAAGACUUUUUUUUGAAUUUAUAUUCCGAAAAAUCGAAAUUUUGAAACUUCGACGCGACCGCUACGCGUCGAGCCAUUCCAAGUGCUGUCCGAAGUCUAGCCUUAACCGAGUUUUGACUUAUUUUUCUUGUUUUUUUUUUCUUAUGGGUCAUCAUUUUCAAAACCCUAAGUUUUCAAAAUGCAAGACUAAAUAAAAAUUCACUCUCAAUCUCUCUACUUUCGAAGAAAAAAAUUUCAGUCAACCUCGUUUUUCAUCAAUUCAUUCUGAGAAAAAGCUUCUCAGAUAUUUCACCACCUCAAAAAAACCCUUUUUUUGAUGGGUUCCAGAACAUUUUGAAAAAGAUCUCAAAUAUGAAAAAUAAUUGUAUCUUUUCGGCACGCAAAGCUUCAAGCUCUCACCACCCUCCCUACAAUUUUUUUAUAUUCUUCUUUCGAAAAAAAUUAUUAUAUAGGUGGUAGUUUUGUUUCGACAUGAUUUCGAAAUUUUUAUUCGUCUGGGUUUUCUAAUAAAAUGACGUCACUAAUGAAGCUCAAUGACAUCAUUUUUUGAGUUUCUGAAUAAAAAAUGUUUUUCUUGGAAUCUCACCUUAUAUUUUAGUAUUGAAAAGUUACUUUGUCUCUCCCUUUCGAUAUGACGUCAUUUAAAGGGUUUUGAUGACGUCAGUGUUUCUAAACUUUUCGAUAGUUCUGUUUCAGAUUUCUUUUUUUUCGCUCGUAUGAGGUAUGGUAAACAAUUACAACUUUCAAAAUUCAAAAAAUGACUUCAUCAACCUAUCACGAGUGACGUCACUUUUUCGAGCUCUUCCCUAUCUUUCUCAUCCUUAUGACGUCAUUGUUUAAAUUCUAACGAAAAAUUGGAUCGAAAGCCUAAUUUCCCUAUCUCAUGCUUUAGAUUACUACCUUCGCGAACCGUGAAAAGUCGGAACACCCCGAUUCAUAGAAGCCUAGAAAGGAGAGAAAAUUGGCGCGCCAACCCCUGCACGCGAACCUCUCACCUUAUCGCUUUCACUGAUCUCACCGCCGACUUCCCAAAAAUCCACCACGGCGGUCGAUCUUCUAUUGAUUGAUUGAGCUUCUCAAUCAUUUCAUUGAAAGCCUUCUUUAAUAGUUAAUUUUGGUUCAAUUUUCGAGCUUUAUCCCAUAUUUCGUUCAAAAAUGAAGUCCUUUUUUUUCUCAAAGUGGAAUUUUUGAGACCAUUAUCUUGGCGAGCGGCCCCGAUCAUAUCACCGCCUGAGACUUAUUUUUAAUUCCAAGCCGAUCCUGGAACUUCGAGCUUAACCGUUCAAGCUUUUCUCAAAACAGAGCAACUACGUGACACAUCAGAUGCCACCUUCUGUAAAGAAGAUUCGAACCUCAAACUGCUUGGAAAGUUUUCCAGCGUCAAGCCGAGCGAUUACGAUGUCCUGAACCACAGUCCCACUUUCAAGCCAGUGGGCUACCUCCGAACUUUUUCUCAAGCUCCACCUUCCAAGCCCGACCUUGAGCUUCUCAGAAAGAAAAGUUCACAUUUACGGUGAAGCGGAUCCGAUCCUACAACUUCAUGGACCGUAGUCCCCCUUCUGACCCACCAGGUCACUUCCGAAGUUUUUUUCAAGCUCCAAGCUUCGUGGAGUGAAAAAAAAAAACUGUUUAUUGCAUCUUCAAUGUAAGAAUACAUGUGCAAUCGACUUUCAUUGAUUUCAACUGUGUUUAAACGGCGGCAGGAGCUGUGGCUUAGGCAGAGAAGUUGUGAAUUUCGCUCGUAGAACAUCAGGUACAAGAGAGGUCGUAGGAAGAAGUACGGUGCCGGCUUUCCAAAGGCCGAUGGCAGAGAUUGAGCCGAGCAAUUUCGAGCAAUUUCACAGUGAAAUGUUGAAGUUUAUUUUUUGUUGAAGUGGAACUGAUCCUAAAAACCACCUGGAGUGUAGUCCUAAUUUCAAGCCUAGGCUACCUCUGAACUUUUUCUGAAGCUCCACCUCCGCAGCUUGACCUUUACCCACUCGAAAUGGAACGCUGAAGAGUUCACUCUCGUCGGAUGGGGGAAAAGGAAAGGAACAGGUUGCAACCAAAUCUGCAGCCCAUCAUCAAACGACGACUUUCGGCGAGAGAAUGCCCGAUUUCGUGUUGCUUGCUUGUGUUGAAGGAGAGAGACAGGAAGGUGAAUUCGGAAAUUUUUCCCACUUUCUCUUUUCUCGAGAAUCGACCCAAGCUUUUCCUUGAUCCUUAUUGAUUUUUUGGAUUAUUUUUGUUCGAUUUCUUGAGAUUUUCUCUCUUGGAACUUCAAUGUUGUUUCUUAUGGUUGUAUGAGCUUGAAAUGAAUUCUUCAAAUUGAACAAGCCUCCAAAUUCGUGGAAAUUCUUCUAAAUUUAAUUCUUUAACACUGAUAUUUUCUUCAAAAGAUCUUUUCAGAGUAAUUUGGUUGGCUUUUUUUAAAAUUGUUUGGUUAAAAUGAUAGUUCGAAGCUUUAAUUAUAAAACUCACAUCUUUUCAGGAUAGGAUCUAUUCUUUUUAACUCAUCUAAAUAAAUAAGAGUUGUUUUUUCAGCUUCUUAAUUAAUUUUGAAUCCAUUUGUAAAAGUAUCGUUGAUUUUUCUGAAUUUUUUCGAAACCUGGUGAAUUGCUGUAUUCUUAAAAAAGGAAAAAAAUUUCGUCUCUCAAGAUAUUUCUCUUUUUGAACCCCUCAGAAGGAGUGAGCAAUUUCUGUAAAUUAUUCAAAAAAUCUGCCAAGUCCACUUUUUUUCCUUUCCAUUGACAAUACCGUAAUCCCCAUUCAAAUGACGUGAUCCCUAUUCGGAAUUGUUUGUAGCUUUUUUGAUUUCAAGCUCGUUGGAAAAACUGGUUUCCUGUGAAGGGUCGGGUUCAAUCAUCAACUGUUGCUUCGUUGGGUUGGAUUUGCCCAAAUUUAUUGGCUUUUCACGUCAUUUUGUUAUAAAACCACGUUUUUCGGUUCUUAUGAACGUGUUUGAUGAAUUUUAUUGGGAAAAAAGAAAAGUUUUUGUAGGCGCUGUUCGGCCUUAAUUAGAAAAUUAGAAAACAUCCAACUUUAAAGCAAACGAUUUGUCUAGCUUUUAAUUCAUGUACGAUUCUAAUUGAUUUUUUUUCAAAAUCAAAAAAAAACCCAUAUUUUUCAUUUUUUUCUAGAAUUUUCUUGAAGAUGUCAGGCUUUUCAGGGUUUUUUUAGUGUUUCGGGCUCCGAUUUUUUUUUUGCUCGAUUUUCUGCAAAAAGGGUUAACUGAGCUUCGCAUUUUGAUUCUCUAGAACUAACCAAUAUAAAAUUUUUUUUGAUAUUGUUGAGCUCUAUCGGAAUAUUUUCUGGUUUAUAGGAGUUUUUGAAAAGAGGAAGCUCCAAAAUUCAGAAAAAAAACAACUUUUUCGAAAAAAAUUUCUUAAAAGUUUUGACUCCUCUGUAUGUUUCUUGAAGGUUUCUAAGGACUUUUACUGUUUUUGGUUCCGAUUUUUUUUUUCCAAGCUCUUUGAAAAAGCUCGACUGAGUUAUUGUUUUUACGAUCUCUAUCGUGAUUUUUUCCAUCUAUACAGUACUUUGAAGGAGAUCGAAUUCCGAAAUACAGGAAAUUUUGAGUUUUUCCCACUUCGACUGUUGAUCAGAAUGAUCUAAUUUUUUCUACUUCCGACUUUUUCGAUUUCCGACGACCCCUCGAAAAGCUGAGAGAAUCUCAUUGCCCAUGGCAAUUUAACCUUCCGACAGCGGCGUUCUCUCUCUCCCUCUCUUGAACUUCUUACUUCUAUAACUCGACGAAUCAAAUCGAAUCGAGAACCGUCCCCCGACCCCGGCCAAACCGGCUUUUCUCGCGCAGCUUUUCCUUUCCUUUCACCUUUUUCCUCAUCUUUUUUUCUCUCCCCUCUUUUCAUCUUUUUCACUUCUGCUGCCAUUGCACGACGUCGUCAUCGCGCGCCCUCUCGAUCGAGAUGACGUCAUCUCUUUUUUUUUUUUGGAAAGUCGCGCGGCUGUUUUUUCCCUUUCCACUCGCGCCCUAUUCGAAUAACUCUUUUUAUUGGUUUGCAAAAAAAGUUGAUUUGCUCAGGGAGCAGUCAGUUUAGAGUUUCGUGCUGGUUUAAAGGAGCAUGGAAGUGUUCCAUAAAGGUCUCGAAGCGUUUUUUUUUUCCUUUUUUUUCUGGCAAGCUCGGAACCAUUUUUAAGCUUGGAUUGGAGAGUAUCUCAUUUUUUUCUUCAAUAUUACUGUGAGUAAAACUGAUUAGGUGAAUAUUUCGAGUUCAGUAGGAGUACUAAGUUUUGAGACUUUUUUUGAAUGUUUUGCAAAUCAUCAGUGAUCAUUUAUAUCUUUCAAAGCUGCAGCAAUAAAUAUAUAUACUCGAUUCUCCUCGACUCGAAAAACAUAGUGGCUAGAGACCUAGCGGCUGCAAAGCGGUAUUGUGCCCGACCAAAAACGGUUUGCGUGUUUAGGCGUUUGACAGUGUUUUUUCCAACCGCCACGCGACCAUGCCGUUUUGAACCAUUCCAAAUGCGAUCAACAAGUUCUGAUGAUUAUCAAAAGUAUGGAUCAAACAGAAAUUUGGAUUUUCGAAAUUUUUCAAGUCUUGAAGAAGCCAAAAGAAUCACCUCAUACAUUUUUUUUAUAUUUUUCGUACCUUUUUGGACGCUUAUGCUUCCAAAAAAGGUGUUUCGAAAGCGUGGGAAAAGGGGUCAUUUGGGUGUUGAUAAAUCUCUUCUCCCUGUUCUGUUCUGGAUGAUUUGUCGCCGCGAGAAGAAGAUCGAUUCGAUCUGUGAUUUCCGGGCCUUCCAAGUCCAGGAAAAUUUAUUUGAGUGGAAAAGCUGAAUGUUGCGAACUUCGAACGAUCAGGAUACGAAAAAUGUUCUCCCCUCUUCCUUCUGGAAUGUCAUCAGAACUGUUGGCGUUUUUUGAAGGUUAUAUUCAAGUUCCUUCUGGAAAUUUUACUCAGCUUUUCCCAGAAGCUGCAUUUGAAACUUAAAAUUUCUUUAAAGUUGAAACUUUUAUGAGGUUUUCAAAAUUUUCUCAUUCUGACCUUCCAAUACUCAUUCUGAAAAUGUAAAAUUUCCAAGCCCUUACUUAAAAUAUCCAUCAACUUCUCCUCAAUUUUAUUAAUAUCCAGCGUCUUCUCAAAUUCCAUCAGCGGUCCCCCAAAUAAUUUGAACAUUUUCAAAGAAAUAAAUGUUUGAAAAGUUCGAGGACUUCUCUACAAAACCUCUUUUGGUCUAUGUACUUUAUGAAAAUUUUCAAAACUUCGAAACCCAUUCGAAAGCCCAAAACUUGUAACCACCUCUUGAAGUGCCCAACAUUUCUCGAAGCUUGUAACUUCGGCAUUUCUCCACCACCUUAUAUAACUACCAGAAUGAAGCACCACCACCGCCCAUGGCAUCUCGUCUCAUUACAACUCUCGACUCUUACCAACCGUGUUGAAGUGCAGCAGUUCAGGCUUCCUUCUUCUUCACUACUUCCCUUCCUUUCCAUUCAAAACUGGAACCGCCGCCGCCGACGCCGACGACGGCGCCACCGCUCUCGUCGUACAUCUACACACGUACGCCGCCCUUUUUUUCUCGCCGUGA